GUGAAUAGCGUGAGGUCUGGUUCUCUUUUUUCUCCCCUUCUCUUGUUUUCUCUCUCCUCCAUCUCUUGUUUUCUCUCUCGCUCCCUCCUUCUUGUCUCUGAUUUGCAGUAACUAGGGUUUUUGCCCUCGCCCCAUAGCCCCCCCUGUCUUUCUUGCCCCUGGCGCUUCUUCACCCUCCCUCAACCUCUCGCCUCCUUCAAGCGUGCAGUUGUUUGAAGCUGCCCCUCGCCCUGCCAAUCAAGCAAUCUGCCCGUUCCACAGCGACAGGACACACGUAUCCUGUUCCGCGUGUCCGGUGCCCGACGACCUCUUAACAACACGACACGAGUCUCUAUUUGCACCAGGAGAACGAAAAGGAUGAGCUUCUUUCCUCGAAUUGGACGAAAAACUCGGGCUCAAAUGAAUCCCUUUUCUCAUUUUUGCGUGGCGUGAUAUUACUCCUUGGACGGGAACGCCGCACAUGAAAGCCACAUCCUCUCGCCUUCACUCUCCCCUUCUGCAGCCUGAAUCCCUUCGGAAAAAUCAUCCACUGCAGGUGAAUUCGUGAUUGCGAGGUUGGAGGUUCGAAUAAAUCGGUUGCGCUUCAAUGCAGAGAACGUGCCAAAGAUCUGGUUGUUAUUGCUUUGGUGAGUGAGCAAAGGCACGUGAUUGUGUUAGCUUCCACUGCCAGCUGCAAUCAUGACGCUUACCAAUUUCACUGGUAAUGGUGUCGGCUUUGGCUUCGGAAUUGGUUGUGGUUUUGGAAUAGGCUGGGGUUUUGGAGGCGUUCCUUUGCAUACCUUAGGUCUCGGCAUAGGAGGAGGAUGUGGAGUAGGACUUGGCUUGGGCUGGGGCUUUGGGUCUGCCUUUGGAAGCCAUUACAGGUCUUCUGAGAUAAGGUUCCAAGGAGUAAACUUUGAGAAUGCAAAAGACUCAAAAAGCGCAAAUCUCUCACAGGUCGCCAAGCACAAAUCCAGGAACGAUUGUUGGUUCGUCAUCAAUGGCAGGGUGUACGACGUGACUAAGUUUCUGGAGGAGCACCCGGGCGGCGACGACGUCCUGGUGGAGGUAGCAGGGAGAGACGCCACGAAGGAUUUCGACGCCAUCGGUCACAGCAAGGGAGCCAAGCAGCUCCUCGUCAAGUACCAAGUCGGCGUUCUCGAGGGCUUCAAGCUGCAGCAAGCAGAAGAAGAAGGAGAUCGACAGGGCAGCGGCCCUGUGAGAAAGGCGGGGGAGGAGAUGAGCGCCAAGGUCGUCAAGGAAGACGCCGUCGCCAAAUGGGGAGGCCUGAUAGAGUUUGUGGUUCCUCUCUUCGUUGCCCUCUUCUUCUGGGGUUACAAGAUCGUUGGGAAGGAUGUCCAAGUCGUGAAUUAGAACUGAAACCAGAUGGGGAGGUUUAGAUCAGGUUUGGAAGAAGUUUGGGUGUUUUGAUGAUCUAAAUAUAGUUAGGACUGAGGGAUAAAAAGUUGGUAGACAAAAGAAGGGUGAUGUUUUUUCUUUUUUAUUUGUCGUUCUUCUUCUUCGUCUUCGAUAAAUUAUCUCAUGCUGUAAGUUUUGCAAUGACAACAUAAUGUUCGGUGCAUGGCAACACCAGGACUUUGGUCCUAGAGAGUGGAUGCCUAUUACGAAUUUA